AUGAUGAAGAAGAUGAAGAUGAUGGUGAAGGAGACGGCGCCGGCGAAGCUGAGGUCCACGAUAUGGAUCUCCAAUCUGGACACCAUUUUGCCGGAAAACUACCUCACUCGUACUCAUAUCUUUUACCGUCCAACCGCCGUCCUUGAUUUUUUCGAUGCAGUGGUGCUCAAGGCGGCCCUCGCGCGGACCCUCUCAGAGUUCUACCCCAUGGCGGGGAAGCUCGAUAGGGACGCGAAAGGCUGCAUUGAAAUCGACUGCAACGGUGAGGGAGCAGCGUUCGUUGAGGCAGAGGCCGAGGCCGACCUCAACGACUUAGGGGACUUCGCCCCCUACCCCGAUUUCUGCCUCACCCCCAAAGUGGAUUAUUCUCAAGGAAUUUCUUCCUUCCCACUAUUACUAGUUCAGGUGACACGAUUCAAAUGCGGGGGAGUAUGCCUAGGUGUUGCAAUGGAUCAUCAAGUGAAGGAUGGAAUUUCCGCUUUGCAUAUUCUCUGA